UUAUACUUUUUUUUUAAAGAUUGAGAACUGCUCCAGUGGGUUCCGUUUUCGCCUACAAAGCAAAGCCAUGUACGUAUACGAAGCGUGUUUUAGUUGUACUCGGAACAGGUUAUUGAGAAAGUCCAGCUCGGAAUCAGACCUACGUACCCUUAUUGCAUCAAUAUAAGCGGCCGAUACCCUCUUCUGUAAGCACCAGAAAACCAACCAGGUGCUCUCGUGUGUUCCUGAUUCAGGAAGAUCGCAGGUUUUCAUAUAGCUUUCCUGAGCCAAACUAGUCCGGCGAAUAAAGGAUGCAGAUUCUCGUGGACACUGUCGCCGGCGAGACGAUCUCCCUCAAGGUCGAUCCAUCAGACACUAUCUACCUUGUCAAGGAAAAGAUCCAGGAUAAGCAGCUCCUCACCUUCAACGGGGAGCAGCUCGACGCGCUGGCCGACUAUGGCGUCCGUGACGGAUCCGCUCUUGGCCUCCGCCUCCAUCCGCUCCAUGAGAAGAUGCAGAUCCAUGUGGUUGAGAGCCUGACGGGCAGGGUCAUGAACCUUGCAGUCACGACCUCAGAUACAGUCGACAAUGUCAAGGCCAAGAUUCACAAGUGGCACGGUUUUCCCAAGGAUCAACAGUGCCUCAUCUUCGCCAACAGACAGCUCGACGACGACGAAGAAGAAGGCAGGACCCUGGCGGACCUCAACAUCCGCAACGACGCCACCCUCCUCCUCGUCCUACACAGCCGGUGUCCCAGAGGGAUGAUGAAGAUCUACGUGAAGACGCUACGGCAAAAUUUCUAUAAUCUUGAGGUGAGGAGCACAGAUACCGUCUAUAAUGUCAAGGAGAAGAUUUGGGCUGCGGAAGGCAUUCCCCCGGGCCAGCAGAGCCUCAUAUUUGACGGCAAGAAAAUGAAGGAUGACCGUACCUUGGCACACUAUAAUAUCCAGAUGUAUGAAGUUCUCUAUUUUGUGCUCAACCUACGUGGUUGAAUAUUCAUGGCAUCAUUUUUGCACCAUGGGGUGUACUGCCGUGGUCUCCUUCGUACAGUACAGGCUUGUGUGAUCUGAAUAUUUUGUCAAUCUUGUAGACUGUCUUGUCAUAUAUUACAUGCCACUUAGUAAUUGAAGCUGUGCCCUGGCGAGUAUUUGCUGAAGCACUCUUUGGAAGUUCCCUAUAUAUAGUAAUUUAAAUUGUUAGGUCAAUGAUUUUCAGUUUCAUUUUAUGUGCUGGCCACAAAGAACUGGUCUACCACUUGGCAUUGUUGAUAGCCAAUAAUAUGUCUGUGUGCAGCGACGCGUGUGCAUGACGCCAGUUAAUUAGAAUACGCAUCUCGUUGUGGUUAGCAGUCUUGAUUACGAUCAGCUUACUCCUUUUCUUUUUUGGGUGAUUAGCUUACUUUCAAUCAGAGCUAAUCUAUGACGCACGAGCAUACGCAUAGCUCGAUCGGACAAUAUAACAAUACAAUAGUGCGACAAAUCACAUGGCAAUACAUGAAAGAGAACAAAGACCAUUCCACACCUCUAUCCCCGGCCAUGACUCAUAGACUUGUGUAACAAGCAUUCAAACAAG